GCGAAUGUUAAACCGAGUAAUUGCUAGGGAAGAAACACUCCCAGCGGUCUGUUAUAGCAAUUGUAACAAUGCAGUCAUUGAAGCACAAAAGGUUGGCAAAUCGGGAUCGCUAUGUGUACCCGACUCCGCCUUUAUGGUAUACCGCGAUGCGUGUAAGAAUUGCAUUGAAGGUAAUGGAGGGAAUUGGACGUCGACGAAUGAAGGGGACGCGGGAAACGCCAUGGACCAGUGGCUCCAUUAUUGUGAUACGAAACCUUUAGGUUCUAUUACGCCUGCAGGAGGAUCAAAUUCGACAAGCUCCAAGUCUAUACCAUAUGAAAUUGUGACGACGACGUUACCAGGGUAUGUGUUAGAAACUCAUAUCCUCUGAAAGUAUCCAAUAUAAGUCCCCAAACCCAGUAGCUGGGGGGGGAAUUUGCGCUAAUCUCAUUUUUAGUAUGUAU